UAGAGCCGCAUUAUGGUCAAGUGUGAUUUAUACUAUUGUCAAGUGAGGUACGAAUGUUGUUUUUGUGCCUGGUCUUUUUCUCAGUUCUAGUAACCGCCCGCGCCGUUUACUUCACGGAUUGCGGGUCGGCUUACGAUCUGAUACACGUGGAAAUAGAGGGUUGUGGGUCGCGUCUGCCCUGUUAUGUGGCCUUAGGGGACAGGAUACCCGUGAGGCUUGAUUUCUAUGCUGAUUUCGAAUCCCAUUCGCUUGAUCAGGAUGUGUUUUUGAACAUUAAUAACGUACAAGCAAGAACGCCGGUUACUCCUGAACAAUGUGAAUCUGAGAUGUGUCCUAUAAGAACAGACGCGCUCUCGACUAUAACGAGCGUGAUGUCAGUACCUACUAGAAUGGCGCUGAACCAAAGAGGUUACUUGACAUGGCGCGUGUACAAUGAAGAUGGCAGGCAGGUGUUGUGUUACUUCGUAAUGGUACAAACGCAGACAUACAUUCAGAAGACAUUACGCAACCUUCUAGAACAAUUGGAUUCCGUACGAGAUACAUCAAUGGCAUUCACUCGUCCAUUAAAAAUGAAUUUUGUUUUGAAUAAGCUUGCAAACAAUCAAAAAAUAAAUCAGACCGCUUUAACUUUUCCCUUGACAUAAAGAUAGCUAUUUUUAUGAAUAUACAUGUAUAUAUCUUUUUUCAUUAAUUAUUGAUAUUAUCUAAUAAUAUAUAUAAAUAUUUAAAUGCUCUAUGUUAUUGUAAACUUGACUUUUAAUUUUAAUAUAUAAUAUUUAAUAUUGUCAACGAAAUAAACAGAGAAUUUCACUUAAUUUUCGUCAAUAUUUUGAGUGUCUUUAUAUAUCUAUAUUGUAUUUUUUUAAUCUGUGAUAAAAAUGAUGAAAAGAAUAUUUAAUUUUUAAAUAAUAAAUAUUAUGAUAUCGAUAAA